UCUUUUAUCAAUAUGGCAAGAAGUUUAGAGCCUCUAAUUGUUGGGAGAGUAAUUGGUGAUGUUAUUGAUUCAUUCAAUCCAACAAUAAAAAUGUCAAUCACUUAUAACAACAAAUUAGUUUGCAAUGGCCAUGAACUUUUCCCUUCAGCUGUUUCUUCUAGACCUAAAGUUGAAGUUCAAGGAGGAGAUAUGAGAACUUUCUUCACACUGGUCAUGACAGAUCCUGAUGUUCCUGGACCUAGUGAUCCUUACCUGAGAGAGCAUCUACACUGGAUAAUAACUGACAUUCCAGGUACAACUGAUGCUACUUUUGGAAGAGAAUUGGUGAGCUAUGAGAUCCCAAGGCCAAAUAUUGGGAUUCAUAGGUUUGUGUUUGUUCUCUUCAAGCAGAAAAGCAGGAGUUCAGUUAGUCAACCAACUUCUAGAGAUCAUUUCAACACUCGAAAUUUUGCUCAAGAGAAUGAUCUUGAACAACCUGUUGCUGCCGUCUUCUUCAACGCACAACGUGAAACCGCUGCGCGAAGACGCUAAAUAAAUAUUGAUAUUUCGUUAGUCAUUUUUCUUACAACUAUCUU